AUGUUCCGAAAGGCCCGGCGAGUGAACGUGCGCAAGCGGAACUACUCGGAGGAGGAAUGGGAGCGCGAUGACGAACUGGUGCCACCGCGGCUUUUGCCACCACCGGGCACUGGCAACGAAUUGGGCCCCGUUGCUAACGACCGGGCCCCCGGGGGUGACUCGCACUUGGCCCCAGGUCUGCCGCCGUCUUCAACCCUGAUUCCCGGCCUUGGAACUGAACCUGGGGGAGGCUUCCCCGGCAGCACAGAACCCGGCAACGGGCUGAAGCCUCGAAAGAGGCCACGCGAGAACAAAGAGGUUCCUCGGGCCAGUUUGCUCAGCUUCCAGGACGAGGAAGAAGAAAACGAAGAAGUUUUCAAAGUGAAGAAAUCAAGUUACAGCAAAAAGAGAGUAAAAUUACUUAAGAAAGAAUACAAAGAAGAUCUUGAAAAAUCCAAGAUUAAGGCAGAACUCAACUCAUCAGCUGACAGUGAACAAUCUUUGGACAAAACAAGACAUGUUAAGGAUCUAAAUCAGGAAGAUGGAGUUAUUAGUGAACAUGGUGAAGAUGAAAUGGACAUGGAAAGUGAGAAAGAAGAAGAAAAACCAAAAACCGGUGGAACCUUUUCAAAUGCUCUAUCUUCUUUGAAUGUUCUUCGUCCAGGAGAAAUUCCAGAUGCUGCUUUUAUACAUGCUGCAAGGAAAAAGCGUCAGAUGGCUCGGGAAUUGGGGGAUUUCACGCCUCAUGAUAAUAAGCCUGGUAAAGGCCGCCUUGUUAGAGAAGAUGAGAAUGAUGCUAGUGAUGAUGAAGAUGAUGAUGAGAAGCGGCGUAUUGUUUUUUCUGUGAAAGAAAAGUCACAACGACAAAAAAUUGCUGAAGAAAUAGGUAUUGAGGGGAGCGAUGAUGAUGCUUUAGUAACUGGGGAUCAAGAUGAAGAACUCGGCCGAUGGGAACAGGAACAGAUAAGAAAAGGAAUUAAUAUCCCUCAGGUUCAAGCAAGUCAGCCUGCUGAAGUGAAUAUGUACUACCAGAACACUUACCAGACAAUGCCUUAUGGUUCCUCCUAUGGCAUUCCUUACAGUUACACAGCCUAUGGAUCAUCAGAUGCCAAAUCUCAAAAACCAGAUAACACAGUCCCUUUCAAAACUCCCAGUAAUGAGAGGACUCCCGUUACUAUUGAUUUGGUAAAGAAACAGCUUAAAGACAGGUUGGAUUCCAUGAAAGAAUUGCACAAAACAAAUCAACAGCAGCAUGAGAAACAUCUACAAAGCCGAGUGGAUUCUACCAGGGCUAUUGAGAGAUUAGAAGGGUCUUCUGGGGGUAUUGGUGAACGGUAUAAAUUUUUGCAAGAAAUGCGAGGGUAUGUCCAAGACUUGCUUGAGUGUUUCAGUGAAAAGGUGCCACUGAUUAAUGAACUUGAAUCAGCAAUACAUCAGCUGUACAAACAGCGAGCUUCCCGCCUUGUCCAAAGACGGCAAGAUGAUAUUGCAAAAUGUCGUGACUUUGAGAGCAUGCUGUGGUUUGAAUCUUUGUUGUUUUAUGGUUGUGAAGAAUGGGAACAAGAAAAAGAUGAUGUAGAUGUUGCCCUGCUUCCUACCAUUGUGGAAAAGGUGAUUCUUCCUAAAUUAACAGUAAUAGCUGAAAAUAUGUGGGACCCUUUUUCUACAACACAAACUUCAAGAAUGGUUGGAAUUACACUAAAAUUAAUAAAUGGCUACUCUUCAGUAGUGAAUGCAGCAAAUAAAAAUACACAGGUAUACCUAAAGGCACUUUUGUUGAGAAUGAGAAGAACUUUAGAUGAUGAUGUAUUUAUGCCUUUGUAUCCUAAAAAUGUUCUAGAGAAUAAAAAUUGUGGUCCUUAUUUGUUUUUUCAACGACAAUUUUGGUCUUCAGUUAAGCUUCUAGGGAAUUUUCUUCAAUGGUAUGGUAUUUUCUCAAAUAAAACUCUACAAGAGUUAUCUAUAGAUGGUUUACUAAAUAGAUACAUUCUGAUGGCUUUUCAGAAUUCAGAAUAUGGAGAUGACAGCAUCAAAAAAGCCCAAAAUGUGAUCAAUUGUUUCCCUAAACAGUGGUUCAUUAAUUUGAAAGGAGAAAAAACUAUUUCUCAGUUAGAAAACUUUUGCCGAUACCUUGUCCACUUAGCGGAUACAAUUUAUAGGAAUAGUAUUGGCUGCUCUGAUGUGGAAAAAAGAAAUGCAAGGGAAAACAUAAAGCAAAUAAUAAAACUCCUUGCCAGUGUUCGUGCUCUGGAUCAUGCAAUGACUGUUGCAAGUGAUCACAAUGUGAAAGAGUUUAAGUCCUUGAUUGAAGGAAAGUAGAUCUGUGUGACUGUAAAGCAUGUUACUUGCUUGAAUACCAUUCCUAAUGUAUAAAUUUUGUACAUAUGUAAAGUUUCUUAAUAUGUAAAAUACUGAUUGUUUUAAUACAGAGUAUUAUUAUAUUAAAUACUGUGUCCUUACAUGUGAUUUCUUCAAAUUGAAAGGAAUUCAGAUUAUUUCUAGGAGUCAAUGAAUGUUUCCCUUACUGCCUGUAAUACUUUGUUUACAGAAGUAUUUUGUAUGGUCAUUCAGAUUAGGCCCGAGUUAAUUGUCCUCUGUAAACGAUGUGUGCAGUGUAAAUUGUGUAAUUAUGCAUAUAUGUAUUUAUACCACCAUGGAGUUACUUUCACACUGGAAAUUUGUGGUGUUUUUCUACAGAUUAAGCCUUUUAACAGCAGUAAACUAUUUGGGUAGUAGAUCAUCUUGGGGUAAUGACUACACAGUGCAACAAAAGGGCUGGCAAGUGACUAAAUGUGGAUCAUCAUUUAGUUAGCAGUUGCUCUCACAGUAGCUGUGCUGCCUUAAAAUUGAGAGUUGAGUUGUGAACUAACUCAUUGGGUGAAUGAGAAACUUACUUCUGAGUCAGUAUAAAUGUAGAUUAUUUUGAACUCUAAGUAAUAUAUGCAAAACAGUUCAGGUGGAUUAUAGCAGUUUAAUUUUUAAAAAUAACAAAUCCACACCUUAACUGCAUGGUUUGAAGCUGACCUCCCAUCUCAUUCUUGAUUUUACUCCCUGGCCAGCUUACAGAUACAUGCAUUUGAAUUUUAGUAGUUUGUCAUUCUAUUUUAAAUCCCAUAUAUGUGAGUUAUAUAUGCAAUAAAUACGCCUUGCUGAUUAGCUCCAUCCUGACAAUUUAAUACCCAUGGUCUUCUAUAAUGUUUAUACUGCAUUGUAAAUAUUCAGAGAACUUGUUUUAAAGUUUAUGCUUUCUGAUUCUGUGAUUUUCAAGAGGAACUUUUUGGAAAUUAAGGACUAUUGUUUGAUAAUUAUAUAUGUAAUGAUGCUCUAGCCAACUAUUAAAUUAAUUUUUAAAUA